UUAUUUCUCCCCGUAUAUUCUCAUUUCUCACAUACGCAUAGGCGCGUAUAGGCUCUUUGUUUGCUCUGUGACUGGCAUGUCUGGGUGUUCCCGACGUACAUUAGUAUAGGAAGCUUUCUCAACAAGAGCCUGCAGAAUCAGCCUGAGGGCUCCCAUGUGUCGAGUCCGGCAUAUCCCACCUUGUUCAAUAAAAGAUCGCCCUUGUGUAGGGUCACUACAUUCCUUAAGAUUCAUCACCACUGCCCACCUUCCUUUGUAUCCCGGCACGACGCACAUAUAAAGCCCCCAUUGUUCUGCACCACCACGUAGGCGGGAUAAAACCAGUCGAGAACAAAAUUUGAGCAUUGGCAAAAUGGCCGGCAUAGGCGGAGGCUCUAACUACAACCCUGGCGGGGAGUCAGAAUUCACCACGCAGGAACCAUGGGGAUCGGAGCGCACUACCACAGCAGAGUAUUAUCCUGGAGAAACCACCAGGACCACCACCCAGCAAUGGACUCCGAUCACCACUAGUGAGUCAAGCUCACAACCCACCACUACCACCGCAACUGCAACCCAUUCAUCCUUAACCUCCUCGAGUACCUCCACCUCUACCGCUGUCAAAAGUACCAGCAGCUCCGGCAGUUCUAGCAGCAACAACCAAACCAUCGCUAUCGCGGUUCCCGUUGCAGUCGUUGGCGCAGCUAUCAUCGCAGCCAUAUUGUUCUUCAUCCUAAGACGCAGGCGUCAAAAACGCAACCGCUUAACCUUACCACAGACCAACAACAAUCAACCCCCAGUCAGCAUGGGCGCAGUACCUCGCCAAGUACGAUCACCUCCACAACAACAACGACCACAGCAAGCAGCAAACGGCGCAACAUGGGAAUUUGCGCCCACAAACUCCCACGACAUCCCCUUCACAGGUCCCAUCCCAGGUCGUCCUGUCCCGCAAGAACCCGAGCAUAUCAACCCUACCAACAAUCACCCCCGCGACUUUAGCCCACCAAGUACGAAUAACCACAACUUUCAUACCGCUGCUACCGCCGCUGCGGCUGCCGCAGCAGGAGCAGGAGUUGCAGCAGCAGCAGAAGUCCCCAACAGAGACAACAACAACCCCGAGAGAAGUCCCCAGCCCACCAUGCCAGCUGCCUGGCCCUCCCCCGAAGCAAGACUUGACCGUCCAAUAUCGCCCUUUGAUCAUCCACUCGACGACGCAGUAUCUGAGAUAUCGCGUCGAUCGUAUACCCAUGCUAGGGAUAUGGAUGAUGUUUCGUCUGUAUCGUCAUUUGAAGAUGACGAGCGAAGGCCGGCUAUGCGUCGUUGAAACUGCCUUUUCACUCAAUAAAACUUUUUCUUUUGAUACCUUUCCCCUCGUUUCCAAUUAGCAAGCGAUCUUCAAUUCAGUUUUGGAAGAUGGAUAUACCAAGGUGCUACCCAUUCGCUUUCCAUGCUUUGUCUAUUUUCUUGUCUUGUCAUGUGAAGAUACGUACGUGCGUGCAUGCAUACAUACCCACUCUCGCUUUUGUACAUACAUGCAUCUUGGUAUAUGGAAUACGGAAACUGGUACUUUGAUGGACUAUGGAUUAACGGACGGGGUAUUGCGCGUGGAGGCGUUCAUAAGGG